GGAGCCUAGACGCGCCGAUAGCGUGAAGACGGACUCGGCGGAUACGCUAGGCCUAAGCUUAGGUGGGGACCGAUCUCGGCGCGGGAAACUGGCGAAAGCCAAAAUGUGAACAUGAACGGCCCAAUUAUGUGCGAUGCAGAAUGUGACAGUGAGACGCUGCUGGUCGUUUUUCCGCGCUUAUGCACUUACUGCAGAUCCACUGGAUAAGGCAAAGGCGACCAGGACUGUAACGGAGAUGUUCUUUUCAUGCAAAAACGAUAUCAUCCGCCAAAACGUCAAGCCAUCAAUAAUACAUGAAGCCGACAGGCUCUGCGUGUCAUGGCGAGUGUGCUACGUCAUCGGAGCAGACAACAAGAAUGCUUCACUGACGUUUGGAGACGUAACAGUGGACUGUAUGCAAAUGAUGGCUCGCACUUGGGUCACAGUGUCCCCGGGUGCCCCGAAGAAGUACAACAUUGACGUCGACGCAGUGGCAGCUGUGUACAAACGAUGUGCCGGGCGCUUGCUUCCCAAGGACGUAAGGCACAUUCUCGAAGGAGUAAAAUGGAUGAAGGACUUCAUCUCCGGUUGAUAGUCGCUUUUUUACAGCGCCAAAAGAAAUAAAUAACUGACCCAUCACCAAAAGUCCAAUACUUCUAAUGUGGUCACUAUCUAUGUGGACUUCAAAACU